AAAUGUUAAUCUUGUUGGGUUGUUACCUGCCAGAGCUGAGGAUCAUAUCUGAGGAGAUCAUACCAGAGUUGAACUGUGAGGAUCCGGAGGAGCAGAAUCAGAGGCUCAGGGCGUUACUGGACGCCACGACCAAAGAGCUCGAGUGGAAGAUGGACAAGAUUGCAGAAUUGCAGGAGCUGGAGAAGGAUAAUGGUCCCACACAUGGUGCUUUGGAGGUCAACACACUGGACAUGACAGGUGGAGAGAACAAGCUGCCUGUGCUGCAUGAGAUGGAGAAGGGUGCUUUGGAGAUCAACACAUCGGAACUGGGAGAUGGAGAAUGCAAGGUGGCUGAUCAUGCUCUCAUGCUGCAUGAAAACCACAAGCAAGAGAUGGAGGCUAUUCAUGCCAAGAUAAUUCAACUUGAGAGGCAACUGGAGCAAAGGGAUAAAGCCCUAGUGCUCAUCGCACGGCAGCUGAACAUGAAACUACAAGCAGGGGAGAAGGUCCCAGAGGAAGACCAUCAACGUCUUUAUGCAGUAAUGACGUAUGUGAGAAAUAUUGUGGAUGAGGAAGGGAAAAGGAUGAAAGUUCCAUUGCUAGACCUCUUCAAAAGAGAGCAGGCUAACAGCAAAGAGCUCCAAGAGAAUCGCCAAGAGUUGAUUCAGGGCUUUGAGAACAUGCCGAUUAGUGGGGGCGCCGUUGUUAGAAUCAAAAAGAUGGGCCAACUUGAUGAGAAUCCUUUUCGCGCCGCAUGCAAUUUGAAAUACAGGGACAAUGAUCCAGAGGGCAAAGCUGCAAGGUUGGUCUCGUAUUGGCAGGAGGAAAUACAGAAGCCAUCAUGGCGUCCGUUUACUAAUAUUCAGGUCGAUGAAGAAGAUAAGGAGGUUAUAGAUGACAAUGAUCCAAGACUAAGCAAGCUGCGGUUGGAUUAUGGCGACAGCGUCUGCAAUGCAGUGAAGGAUGCACUGAGAGAGCUCAACGAGUAUAGUCCUGACGAGCGGCGCAUCAUGAAUGAGGUCUGGAACUUCCGGGAAGGGCGGAAAGCAACGAUGACAGAGGUGAUCACCUGCAUUUUGGAGCAGCUGGCAGUGGCGGACCCAGGAUUGCGAGGACAGGAAUUCAAGGUUCCCCCCAAAAAAUGCUCAAAUUCAAUAUAA